AUGGGUGGCCUGGGGCUCCUCCUCCCUGCCGACCGCGAACACGACCCGGAGCUGGAGCCGUGCUCUCCCCCCAAGGGCGUCCUGCGGCUGCGCGGCGCCGUGCAGCACUACGAGUGGGGCAGCCGCGGGGACGCCUCCCUCGUCGCGCGCCUCGCCGGCAAGACAGAGGAGGGCCGCCCCUGCGCCGAGCUCUGGAUGGGCACCCACCCGGCUGCCCCGUCGUCGCUAGCAUCCGACGACGGCGGCGCGGUCUCGCUCAGGGAGUGGCUGGCGCGCAACCCCGCUGCGCUCCUCGGCCGCGCCGUCACCGCGCGCUGGGACGGCGACCUCCCCUUCCUAUUCAAGGUGCUGUCGGUGGCGAAGCCGCUCUCCAUCCAGGCGCAUCCGGACAGGGAGCUCGCCAGGGCGCUCCACGCGCUGCGCCCUACCACGUACCGCGACGCCAACCACAAGCCUGAGAUGGCCGUUGCCGUCACCGAGUUCCGCGCCCUCUGCGGCUUCGUCAGCGUCCAGGAGCUCAAGGAUGUUUUGAGGACUGUACCUGAGGUUCAAAUGUUAGUUGGCAAAGAAGAUGUUGUGAAGCUUAUGACUGCCAAAGAGCACGAUGGAGGUAUUGGAGUAAGGUCAUAUCUGCAAUCAGCUUUUACUAAGCUAAUGGCAACAAGCAAAGAAGCAGUUGCUGCAGCAAUUUCCAAAUUAAAGAGUCGCUUGAAUGGGGAGAUAAAGAUUAGAACCUUUACAGAGAAGGAGCAACUAGUUUUAUCACUAGAGCAGCAGUACCCAGGAGAUGUUGGCGUUUUAUCAGCAUUUUUCUUUAACUAUGUUAAGCUCAGCCCUGGUGAAGCACUUUACAUUGGUGCCAACGAACCACAUGCAUAUCUAUCAGGAGAGUGUGUUGAAUGUAUGGCUACCUCAGACAACGUAAUUCGUGCUGGUCUGACUCCUAAGUACAAAGAUGUCCAAACUCUUUGCUCCAUGCUGACAUACAAGCAGAUGUUCCCCGAAAUUUUGCAAGUGCCUGGCCCAUCCAUCUUCCUCGUCAUGACUGGGGAGGGCGAGAUCCAGGCUGAUGGCAUGCCUGACGAAGGAGUAGCAAAGGAAGGGGAUGUUUUGUUUGUGCCGGCAUGCACGGAGGUGAAGCUUCACGCUUCUGGCUCCGGGUGCUUGCAGCUGUACAGAGCCGGAGUAAACAGCAGAUUCUUCUGUUGA